UAAUUUAAAUAUGGUCCAUAAGGGACCAGCUCAAACUAGUUGAGAAAAAAACAAAGCUUGGUUGCUUGGUUAAAUACAGUCAACUCCCAGACACGCACAACGCUUUGACGGAACAGCGACGGUACACAGCAGUCAAAAUGCGGCACAUCCUCUCAGUAACCCUGCUGUUGGUUAUCGUCAUGACAGCAGACGCAACAAGGAAGAAAGAGAAGGGUAAGGACUCCAAAGGCUCCGUAGACUGUGCAGAGUGGAAGUACGGCAGGUGUGUUCCGACCAGCGGGGACUGUGGAGCCGGGGUUCGCGAGGCCACCUGCAACGAGCACACCAGGAAGCACAAGUGCAAAGUGCCCUGCAACUGGAAGAAGGACUUUGGAGCGGACUGCAAGUACAAGUUCGGGCGUUGGGCCGAGUGUGACUCGUCCACCGGCACCAAGAGCCGCUCGGGGACGCUGAAGAAGGCGCUGUUCAACGUAGACUGCGAGGCCACCAUCAAGGUGUCCAAACCCUGCGCCCCAAAGACCAAGACCAAGCCCGCCAAGAAGGGCAGGGGCAAAGAGAACUAAAGGGGUGGAGGACAACAUCUCACCUUCAUGUCUGAAGCAGCACAAUCCUCUCCUACCUGUUUAAGACCUGACGUAGAUGUGAAAAUCUCUUAAAUGUCCUUUGGAACAAAAUCAAGGAAAACUGAAGGGAUAAGCCUGUGGGAAUGGGACUUCCCCCCCCUAAAUUUCAGUAGACAUCCACAUAUGUAAAUGUUCUCAAUAUAAUUAUAGAAUUUCUGUCCAUGUUUACAGAGUAACAUCCCUAGGUUCUCAUUAAGUAGUUACUUUAACAUUUUACUGUACAUUUGAAGCUUUCCACAAAACAUCAAGAGCAUUUCUACAAUAAAAUUGAGAUACUGUAGACAUAACAUUUUAUAGGAUAUAUUGAUGGAUAUUUUUCUUCAAUUUAUAAAUAAUUUACUUUUAUAAAAUACAAAGUGAAGAUAAUUGGUCACAUUUGUAAGCAGUAGAGACAGUAUAUGAACAUUUCUAUGAAUCUUCAAUGGACUGUACAGUUCUUUAAAACUUCACACAUAUGAUGAAUUAGUACUGUGGCCCUGUGAAUAAAUGAAUGGGAAGUAAUUGUA